AUGUACCGCGACCCACCGAAAUUCAAGGACACUUUUGGAUUCCUCAGACCGUCGUGCACCCAACGGUGUCCAGCAUCUCCAGAUCCGACGACUUUUACAGCAGCCUGUUGUUCUGACGGGUAUCAAGGAGAACACAACUGGCUCUUGAAAAUGGCGACCUUGACCGCGGCGGUGGAGGCGUUGUUGCUGGACGCUAAACGAGCGGUUGGUAGACGGGCUCUCGCACAAGGGAUGUGCAGUCGACGGAUGGCUUUGCCCAGAUGCCGCCGACUGCAGCUGUUGGGCUAUGGUCUGUAUAAUGGAAUUUCGACGACGGGCAGAAUGUGGUGUUGGACGCCGUGA